AGUACAACGCUUACAAUGUCUGCUGCUAGUGAACAAAAAUACUCUGUUGAGGUUCUCUCAGAGCUUUUCAGCAAGAUGGCUGUUGCCGGUCCAGAAGACCGCAACGCCGCUGCCGGUAACUUGGCCAACUUCUUGAACGGUUCCAUUAUCGAACACGACGUCCCAGUCGUUUUCUUUGAGCAAUUGGAAUCUUCCCUUAUCGGCAAGAAGGAUGAAACCGUUGUCGUCAAUGCGUUGGAAGCCAUCUCCCACAUUGCUUCCGAGUCCAACUUGUCUCCAUCAGUUGAGCCAUACAUUGUCGCCAUGGUCGAGUCCAUCUCCGCCAAGGCCGGUGACAAGUCCAAGGAUGUCCAGGCUGCUGCCAACAAGGCUUUGUGGAUGAUUGCUCACUCCAUCACCCCAUCUGCCAUCAAGAUCCUCUUGCCAAAGCUUACCACUUUGUUGUCUUCCACCUCUAAGUGGCAGGAAAAGGUUGCCUUGUUGGCCACCCUUGCUGAGUUGGUCAACUCUUCCCACCACCAGUUGGCCUUGAGAAUGCCUGAAUUGAUCCCAGUGUUGUCCGAAACCAUGUGGGACACCAAGUCUGAGGUCAAGAAGGCCGCCACCGCCACCAUCACCAAGGCCACCGAGACCGUCCACAACAAGGAUAUCGAGGUUUUCAUUCCAAAGUUGGUUGAGUGUAUCGCCAAGCCAACUGAGGUCCCAGAAACUGUUCACAUGUUGGGUGCCACCACCUUCGUUUCCGAAGUCACCAUGGCCACCUUGUCCAUCAUGGUCCCAUUAUUGUCCAGAGGUUUGGCUGAGCGUGACACCGCCAUCAAGCGUAAGGCGGCCGUCAUUGUCGACAACAUGUGUAAGUUGGUCGACGAUCCACAGGUUGUUGCUCCGUUCAUGGCCAAGUUGUUGCCAGCCUUGAAGGCUAACGUUGCCACCAUUGCCGACCCAGAGGCCCGUGAUGUUACCCUUAGAGCUUUGAACACCUUGAAGAGAGUCGGUGCCAUCGGUGCUGACGACGUCAUCCCAGAGUUGUCCACUGCCGGUGACGUCACCGUCAACUUGGAUAUUUUGAACCAGUUGACCGCCGAAAAGAACGUCGCUCCAAGAUUCGACCUCGUCAAGACCUACGCCGCUGCCAUUGCCGGUGACUUCAUCGACGAGCGUGUCAUUGACCAGGAAGCCUGGUUGAAGACCAUCACUCCGUUCUUGACCAUCUUCUUGCACGAGAAGGAGGCCAAGGAAAUCGUUGACGAAUGGAGAAAGAGAGCCAUCGACAACAUUCCAGUCGGUCCAUCUUUCGAAGACGAGGAAGACGAGGGUGAGGACUUGUGUAACUGUGAGUUCUCUUUGGCCUACGGUGCCAAGAUCUUGUUGAACAAGACCCAGUUCAGAUUGAAGAGAAACAGAAGAUACGGUCUCUGUGGUCCUAACGGUGCCGGUAAGUCUACCUUGAUGAGAGCGCUUGCUAACGGCCAAGUCGAAGGUUUCCCAACCCAGGAAGAGUGUCGUACCGUCUACGUCGAGCACGACAUCGAUGGUACCGAGGCUGACAUGUCCGUUGUCGACUUUGUCUACGGUGAGGGUGACUUGGGUUCCCGCGAGGACAUUGAGGUCAAGUUGAGAGAAUUCAUGUUCUCCGACAACAUGAUUGCUGGUUCUAUCCACUCCUUGUCUGGUGGUUGGAAGAUGAAGUUGGCCUUGGCCAGAGCCGUCUUGAAGAACGCUGACAUUUUGUUGUUGGAUGAGCCAACUAACCAUUUGGAUACCGUUAACGUUGCCUGGUUGGUCAACUACUUGAACACCUGUGGGAUUACCUCUAUCAUUGUUUCCCACGAUUCCGGUUUCUUGGACAAGGUUGUCGAGUACAUUAUCCACUACGAAGGUUUCAAGUUGAGAAAGUACAAGGGUAACUUGUCCGAGUUCGUCAAGAGAGUCCCAUCUGCCAAGUCUUACUACGAGUUGGGUGCCUCCGAGUUGGAGUUCCUGUUCCCAGCGCCAGGUUUCUUGGAAGGUGUCAAGACCAAGCAGAAGGCUAUUGUCAAGGUCUCUAACAUGACCUUCCAGUACCCAGGUACCACCAAGCCACAGAUCAUGGACGUUAACUUCCAGUGUUCUUUGUCUUCCAGAAUUGCCGUUAUCGGUCCAAACGGUGCCGGUAAGUCCACCUUGAUUAACGUCUUGACCGGUGAAUUGUUGCCAACCGAGGGUGAAGUCUACGUCCACGAGAACUGUCGUAUUGCUUACAUCAAGCAGCACGCUUUCGCGCACAUCGACUCCCACUUGGACAAGACCCCAUCGGAGUACAUCCAGUGGAGAUUCCAGACCGGUGAAGACAGAGAAACCAUGGACAGAGCUUCCCGUGUCAUUAACGAGAACGAUGAGCAGCUCAUGAACAAGAUCUUCAGAAUCGAAGGUUCUUACAGAAAGAUCUCUGGUAUCUCCGGUAGAAGAAAGUUCAAGAACACCUACGAGUACGAAUGUUCUUUCUUGUUGGGUGACAACAUUGGGUUGAAGUCCGAGAGAUGGGUCCAGAUGAUGUCUGUUGACAACGCCUGGUUGCCAAGAGGUGAGUUGGUCGAGUCUCACUCCAAGAUGGUUGCCGAGGUGGAUAUGAAGGAAGCCUUGGCCUCCGGUCAGUUCAGACCAUUGACCAGAAAGGAAAUCGAAGUCCACUGCUCCAUGUUGGGCUUGGAAACCGAAUUGGUUUCUCACUCUCGUAUCAGAGGUUUGUCUGGUGGUCAGAAGGUCAAGUUAGUCUUGGCUGCCUGUACUUGGCAAAGACCCCACCUUAUCGUCUUGGAUGAGCCAACCAACUACUUGGAUCGUGACUCCUUAGGUGCUUUGUCCAAGGCCUUGAAGGGCUUCGAAGGUGGUGUCAUUAUCAUUACCCACUCUGCCGAAUUCACCAAGGAUUUGACCGAAGAAGUCUGGGCCGUUUUGGACGGUAAGAUGACUCCAUCCGGUCACAACUGGGUCCAGGGCCAGGGUGCUGGUCCAAGAUUGGAGAAGAAGGAAGACGAAGGUGACAAGUUCGACGCCAUGGGUAACAAGAUUGUUACCAAGGAAAAGAAGAAGAAGUUGUCUUCUGCUGAAAUCAGAAAGAAGAAGAAGGAAAGAAUGGCCAAGAAGAAGGCUAUGGGUGACGACUACGUCUCCUCUGACGAAGAUCUUUAAGCGGCAUAUUUUCAUUACUGUAAAUUGUUUUGGGGUCCUUGUUUGGUGACG